AUGGCGGACCACUCCUCCAACUCUGGCCUGCGCCAUUCCUCCACCUUCCCCAUUGCUAGCCACGACGCGGCACAGCAGCACCGCCCUUCUGUUCCCUCUGGUCUGCGACAGAGCACUCUCCUCUCCACCUCGCCGGAAGCUCUCGCGCACGAACGAGACGAUCAUUCUACUGAAGCGCAGGGCCAGGAAGACGAGCGGACAAGAUUGAUCAAUGGCGGAGCGGCAGAUCACUCAACACAAAACGGCGGAGAGCACGGCAGCAAUCAUGGGACAGCGUCACGGCGACCACGCUUCUUGAAGGGGUAUGGAAGUGUGGCGAGUGCAUACGAAGAUUCGCAAAGUCUGUCCAGCGCGGACCACGAUCAAGAUCAGAGGGGCCGGCAGCGAGGCCUGAAACGCACGUAUAGGGGAGAUUUCGUCGAUGGCGCCAUGGCGGAUGACGACUCGCCGCGGCGCUUGUGGAGUCGGACGUUGACGACGUCGUGGUUGGCGAAGAAGUAUAAUGUAAAGAGUAUGCAUUGGCUCUACCUCCUAUACUACGUCCCGUGCACCAAUUGGAUCCGACAAUACCGUUGGGCAUUCGUCAAAGGAGACUUCAUCGCUGCCUUGACCAUGGCAUCCUUCUACAUCCCCAUGGCAUUGUCUCUUGCCUCGAAUCUUGCUCACGUCCCGCCGAUCCACGGCCUCUACACCUUCGCCAUCAAUCCCCUCAUCUACGCUAUGCUGGGCACAUGCCCGCAAAUGGUCGUCGGCCCGGAAGCGGCGGGCAGUCUGUUGACUGGCGGUGUAGUCAGGGAGGCUAUCCGAGCCGGCACGCAUCCCGACGACGACGGCACUAAACAUGCCCAAGUCGCCGGCAUGGUAACCGGGCUCGCCGGCGCAUUCAUCCUUGUUGCCGGCCUAUGCCGACUGGGCUUCCUUGACGGCGUCCUUAGUAGGCCAUUCCUCCGCGGCUUCAUCAGUGCUAUCGGCAUCACCAUUCUCGUCGACCAACUCAUCCCCGAAAUGGGCCUGGAAAGGGUCGCGCGGGAUUCUCAGGCGGUACAGCACGGCAGCAGUCUGGAUAAAAUCCUCUUCCUCUUCCGUCACGGCGACGAUGCGCACCGCCUCACCUGCGCCGUCUCCUUCUCCACCAUCAUCAUCGUUCUCGUUCUCCGCGAACUCAAGAAACGCCUCCAGCCUCGAACGCCGUGGGUGGCGUAUAUCCCCGAUCGCUUUGCCGUCGUCGUGCUGUCCGCCGUGUUUGCAUGGAAAUUCGACUGGGAAGGCCAAGGGCUGGAGAUACUCGGCGACAUUCGAUCGCAAGGCACUCCCUUUCGCAUGCACUUUCCCUUUGACGAGGCCAACUUCCGGCAUGUUGAUGAUGCAUUUAGCACGGCCUUCAUCAUCUCGCUGCUCGGCUUUUUCGAGAGCAGUGUUGCGGCGAAGAGUUUGGGGAACAGCUCGGGGCAGGUGAAGAAAGUGCGGCAUGGAGAUGGCGAAGAGGAAGAGGAGAGCGACGGGAUACGCGAUCUCAACCUUUCGCCUAACAGGGAGCUUGUCGCUCUUGGAGUCGCGAACCUGUUUGGCGGUCUCUUCAUGGCUCUUCCUGGGUUUGGAGGGUACGGCCGCAGCAAAGUGAAUGUGAGCACGGGGGGCAAGACGCCGAUGAGUUCCGUCUUCUUGGCGCUCAUCUCCAUCCUCAGCAUCUUCUUCCUGCUGCCCUACUUCUACUACAUCCCGAAAGGCGUGCUCUCCGCCAUGAUCUCCGUGGUAGCCUACAGCCUCAUCGAAGAAGCGCCGCACGACGUCCUCUUCUUCCUGCGCAUCUCCGGCUACUCCGACCUGCUGCUCAUGACCCUCAUCUUCCUCGCCACGUUCCUGUGGAACCUCAAAAUCGGCAUCGCCGUCGGCAUCGGCCUCUCCCUCCUGCGCAUCGUCAAGCACUCCACGCGCCCCCGCAUUCAAAUCCUCGGCCGCGUGCCGGGCACCAAUACCUUCGAGAAUGCGGAGCUGUACGGCCGCAUCGACGAGGAUGGCACGGGCGUCGAAAUGGUGCCUAACAGCUUGAUCGUCAAGAUCCCCGAACCUCUUACGUUCGCCAACACGGGCUCGCUGAAGGAUCGCUUGCGCAGACUAGAAGACCACGGCGGGCGCGCGGCGCAUCCUGCUUUCCCCAAAGCGCAGCGCUCACAUCGCCACGUGCCGAACGUCAUUUUCGACGUCCACGGCGUUACAGGCUUGGAUCCCGCCGCUGCGCAAGUCCUGCUGGAGAUUGUCGACGGGUACGUGGCGCGGGGAACGCACGUGUUCUUCUGCCGCGUCCCGAGUCGUCGGACGGAAGUGUGGCGCUUGAUGGAGGUGAGUGGGAUUGUGGAGCUGGUGGGCGGCGAGUCGCACUUUUUGCGCAGCGUCGAGGAGGCGCUGGAUGCUACUGAGGCGGGGUGGGAGCGGCGGAUGGCGACGGAGGGGGCGGAGGAGAGUUCGGAGCGCUUGGAGAGGGAGCUGUCUGCGAGGGAGGGGGAGGCGGAUGUGGAGGCGGGCAUGGAUCCGCUUACUAGGAGGCAUACGGUUGCUGCUGUCGAAGUGAAUGGACGGGAGAUUUGA